CAAUUCGAGGUUAGAUUAUCGAUUAUCUCGAGCAACUGACAAAACUUUUGGUCAUAACCUCAAACUAACCCUGGAAAAUAAAUUAUUCGAAGUACCUGAGGAAAUAUAAAAAUAUAAAUCAUGAGUAUCAUAAAUAUAACAAAGAAAUUGUCAAGUUUCCGAGUGAUUCCGAGCCGGAGCUGGGCCAAAGUAGUUCGGUACUCAACGAAAGAGGAGAAGGAACCCGAGAUUCCUGUCAACGAACUCCAAGGACUCUUCAGUGCCCAGAACCAGAAGGAAAACGGAAAACCCUACGACAAGAAGCCGUUUAAAAUGAGGAUUGAAGCCGGCAAAGACUACCAGUGGUGUCUGUGUGGACAAAGCAAAAGUCAGCCCAUUUGUGAUGGCACUCACAAAAACAUCUUCCUCAAGAUAAAAUUACGACCCAUCAGAUUCCGCGUGAAAGAGACCAAAGACUAUUGGCUUUGUAAUUGUAAGCAAACUUCUAAUAGACCGUUCUGUGACGGUACUCAUCUGCGAGAGGAUAUUCAAGAAAAAAAAUUCUGAUAAAAUUAUUAUUAUUUUAAUAAUUAAAGUUUCAGUAAUCAUGUAAAUAUUUUUACGCAAUUAAAAUUGUUACAUUUAA